GCGUGUUUGAAGCGUCACGCGUGGGGACUCGACCCACUCAGUCUCCGCGGGAGCACCGGAGAUGUUUUUCCGUCUUUUGAUUAAGGAGGCGGCGGAUAAACGCUCUAGCUGAUGGAGAGAUGAGCAGGAGGAGGAGGAGGAGGAGAUGGACUAACCGGCAUCAUCUCAGCACCAUAGCAACAAUUUCACUCCGUUUCAACUUAAACUGAUUCAGACUCCGGAUUACAAACUGGUUGGACGCUGAAGGAUGUGUGUGUCACAGGUCCAAUCAGUGCCUGACGGGGUUGUUUAGAAAGAGAGCAGCAUCGUCUGCAUAACAUGUACUUGGUCCUCCUGAAUCCUGGACAGUCAGGACUUAACCAGGUGACAUCUGCCCCCAGAUUCAGGCUGACCAGGUCAUCCAACAUGUGCCACGUGAUUAAUUGAUAGUCUGCCUUGUUUUGCCCAAACCCACCCUUGCUAAAGGAGACUACGUGGAUGUGGUUGAUCUCCAGGUGUUGGCUUCUAUUUUUGGAGUCCCAGUUGACCAUCUUUCAGGACUAUGAAGUAGCCUUCUGCCCUCCUGAGCUCCAGAUAGUACCGGGGUGAGGACUGUCCUCUGAGCCUGAACAGCCUCCUCAGGUCUGGAAAGCUGAAGGUCCAGGUGGACCUCUGAGGGUGAAGGACAUCAUGGGGUGCUGCAGCGGCAGGUGCACGCUGGCUUUCAUCUGUGGCAUGCAGCUGGUCAGCGUGUUGGAGCGUCAGGUGAUCGACUUCCUUGGUUACCAGUGGGCUCCCAUCCUGACCAACUUCCUCCACAUCAUCGUUGUCAUCCUGGGCCUGUUUGGCACGAUUCAGUUCAGACCACGAUAUGUCACCGGGUAUGCAGCGUGGCUGGUCGUCUGGAUGACCUGGAACGUUUUCAUCAUCUGCUUUUACCUGGAGGUUGGAGAUCUAUCCAAAGACUCUGAUCUUGUUCUCACAUUCAACCUGUCCAUGCAUCGCUCCUGGUGGAUGGAAAAUGGCCCGGGGUGCCGGGUGACACCCAUCACCCCGCCUCCGUCCUGGGCGCCCGAGGACCACCGAUAUAUAUCUAUAUCUGGCUGUCUGAUGGACUUCCAGUUCAUCGAGGUGGCUCACUCAUCGUUGCAGAUCCUCCUGGCUUUGGUGGGGUUUAUCUACGCCUGCUAUGUGGUGAAGCUCAUUUCAGAAGAAGAGGACAGCUUUGAUUUUAUAGGAGGAUUUGACUCCUACGGUUACCAGGGGCCUCAGAAAACAUCUCACCUUCAGCUACAGCCAAUGUACAUGUCCAAGUGAAACCAGGAUGUGAUCCAGAAGUGCUGCCUUACCAGUCAUCUCUACUUUACUACACAGAAUGUCUGUUAAGAAACUGACAAGUGGACUGAAGACAAAAACAUUCUCUAAUUAAUCUUCCUGCCCUCCUGCUGCCCCUCCCUGUCUGCUGCACCCUGUUUUUCCUGAUGAAACACUGCCCCCGUGUGGCUGGGUGCAGUGUCUGCAGCCAGCUGCUGUUUAUCUGUGAAAGAGGGGGAAAGGAUGGAGGGAGCAGGACUCAUCAGUGAAGGAGGUGAAGAAGACUGUCUCCUCUGUUCCAAAGAGAACCUGGGACAUCCUGCUGGACACCGCUCAAAGAGCUGUUGGUUCGAUCAGCAACAUCUCGGAGAUGCUUCACCAUCUCUGGAACUUUUUGCUCUUUGUGCCUGACAGACUUUGGACAUCCAGCAGACCUCGUCUCCAAGCAGACAACCGAUCAAGGAAUGUCAGACGUCUGUCGUCUCCCAGUAGAUGUCGGUGCAUCUUUAUCGUGGACAGCAGUGACGACGCCUCGGUUUAGGUCAGGGGCCGGACUCGAACCCUGUCACGCGGUUCACAUGUUUCCUUGAAUGUUUAUCAAGUGUGUGGUGUGUAGAUUUACGUAUGUUUAUGUGUACAGGAUACAUACAGAUUACACAGUAACACAUUUGUGAAUACACACAUGCAUGCACACGUGGGCUAAUAACGGCUCCGCAGUUUAACCGGUUGCUUUUUUAUUUAACGACUAAUGUGAAUCUAAACAAUGUUUACAAUCCAAACUUUGUUAGCUAGAGUGAAAGAAUGAACAUGUGUUUGCCGGGACACUGAGUCUCCGGUCGUACACGCUAACUAGCCAAGCUAGCUUGGUUAGUGAGCCACUGAGCGAUAAUGCCAGGCUAGCUUACUCAUUCGCUACUAUGAUAAUAAGCUAAUUGCUGGAAGGGGAUAUAGUCAUACUCGCUAGUUUUGUCAUCAAAAUGAUGACAACUUAUCCUUUAAGGAAGUCGAAUAUUUUAAUUAGGUGGCUAACGUAUAAUUUGAUAGCCACAUUGAGUCGCAGGUUAGCGAUCCCAUAACUUGCUAAAUUUGACCUAAUUGCAAACAAACAAAAAAUUUGCGCGUAUUCCUGAAGUUAAUAUUUGUCUCCAAGAAGUAAAAAAAAAUCACCUGUUGGUGCAAAAAAUUGCCGAUACAAUAUGUUGCCAGAAUGUUGUUGCGUCCUUUUAACGCCUCCCAAAACUCCUCCCAUGAUGCACUGGGGUUGGUCUGUUCUUCCCGGUCAGUUUCUUGCUGUCUCAGUAUUUUGUCUUCCAUCCCGGGAGUCAGCGUUAUUUCCAUCAGGACAAGAUUUUUUUCGUAAUCUCUCAGAUGAGGCCAGAAGUUGACGUUUAGUGAGAAGCUGCGACUUUUAGAGAAACGACAAUCACAACGUGAUGACGUGAAGGUGACGGACACCCGACAGCACUUCUGCUAAAUCUUCAUCUUCCUUUUAAAAUAAUAAUUUUCUUCUGAACCUCAGCCAAGACCUGUAAAAAAUUCACUUUUAUUCCAUUUGUCCUCAGCUGUUUAGUUUCUUUCUGCUUUACCUCAUAAAGAGAAAACAGACUCGCUGAAGUCUGUGUUCAUCGUCACCUUUGACCUUCGACCCUGUUAUUUGUUGGUUUGUUUGCAGGAUUUUUGAAAACCACAGGAAUAUAAUUUAUUUCUUCAUUUAGCGAAGUCGUUACGAUCUGGCAGGACUGAGUUACCCAAAAGAAUUAUUACCUUCAACACAUGAGCAGGUCGUGUCACG